AUGGCGCCAGCCGCACACAGCUCGUCUGCCGGGCGACUGCGCAGCGAGGGCGGUGGCGUCGACUGCCUCGUGGAAGAGGCCAGCAAGCCUGGGGUGAAUGCGCUCCCUGAGCUUAGCACAGCUCGGACAUCAUGCCCUGAUUGCAGGGGCCCUUUGCAGCCGGUCCAGCAGCGGAGUCCCGUGCGCUGCGUCAUCGUGGCUGAACCGCAGUGCGUUGUGAGGCACCACUUUGCCAAGCAAUGUGUUCCAUGUAGUGCGGCUGGUGCCGUUCGGAAGUACUGGUGCGGCUACGUCGAGACGUCUGCGCCCGAACACCAGGGAGCCUUCGUGAAAUCCAUGGACAUCAGCGCCCCCGCGAAUCCUUUCUUCAUGCUCAACAAGUCUUUCGGCAUUGAUUCGGCCUGGGCCAAACGAUGGGGAUAUCGCCUGUAUGCCCACCGCGCUUCUUUCUCAGGCGAGGCGCAGAUCCUGCGAGCCCUCGAACCCGACGUGCCCAUCGAGACGCUGGAGCGAGGUUUGGAAUCAGCAUGGAUACGCUACCAAUUGUGGCAGCGGGCGGCGGAGAGCGCCCCCAGCACAAAAAAGGUGUUGGCCAGCUCCUUACUCGAGAAAACGUUGGAGGAUCUUCUGCGCGAGAACAUGGGCUGGUACAAGCCAAUGAUGGCAGAACGCCGGCUUCAGGCGUGGCGGUCGAGCGGGGACAGACUGGACAUUUGUGCAAUGGACGGUAAUGCGAAGCUGUACCGGCGCACUUGUGGAGCGCCUUGCGCAGAGGCUGUGUACUCGGACGAGCUCGGGAUGCACCUGUCCUACUUCGCUCGCAACGCCGAGGUGGUUCUGCAAGAGCGGAAACGUCGACGACAAGAGCGCCGUGAUCUCCGUGUCGGACGGGCGCCAGCGUUCUGUCUCGGAGACUGGGCUUCCCGCGAGCCCAAAGACAAGUGCUCCUGCAAGACACACAAGGAAUCUAUUUCGGCAGUGCGCACGUCUGCGCGUUCAGCGGGCAUCCUGACCGCGGUCUCGGAGACUGGAGUCAUCGGCGCCUUCGAGGAGGUCAUCACAGCGGAGACCCUGUCGCAGCGUUACUGCUUCUUGGCCAAGGUGGCGGCCGCUGUCCCCGAGCUGAAGACACUUGUGCAUGACGAUGCGUGCCACGUGAGAGUGUUUACAUUAUGCAGGGGUGCGGAUGCGGCCGAGGGCAGCAUGGCUGCGCGUCUUGGCGGCUUCCAAUUUAUUCUGGAUCGGCCCCACAGCCUCGGACAUGUCGACCCGACGUGCCGCAACGAGUGCUUCCCCACAGUAGCAGCCAACGAGGCAACGUUGGGAAGUUUCCCGACUCCGAUUUGUGAGUCAGUGAAUGCUCAACUGUCACCUCUAGCGCAUACAAUGCACCACAUGGGUAGGUGGGUUUGCUCGUUUCUCGUGUCCGAACUCGUGGAAGUGCACAACAUGUUCCGGGACGUAGGCGCCGCGCGUGAAAGUGCCAGGGCGCAGAGGAGGGCGCAGAAGAAGGCAAGGCGACCGCCGCCUCCCGCUGCAUUGCCGGCCGAAGUCCCAGAAGCAGCGCCUGCUGUGGAGGCUGCGGUCGGGGACGGGGCUGGAGGUGAUUCCGCAGCGCAUGUGGUGCGCCGCAGAAAACUGCGGCAGUUCUGGGCAGACGCCGCCGCAGCGGGAGACAAGUUCUUCGAGUGCCAGGCGUACCAAGAGCGUUCCCCCAGGAACCAACUUGGGUUCGCAUGCGCUGGCGCCCGAAUUGUUUUCGGAAGCACACUUGUAGCUGGUGUAGCUGUGUGCGCUGCGACUGCGCAGCGCGAUGUGAACGCCGACGACACUAAACGCUUGCUCAAGCAAGUGCCCGAACAUUUGCGGGGCGCUCUCGCUGAGUUUUUGGCACCGUCGUCCUCCUUUGACGUCGUGCACAUGGACGUAAUUUUUGACUUGCGGCCCUUGGGCCUCACGUGGGAGACGUUGCACGAAGCCCUCGGGGCGAGACCACUGAAGCAGAACUGCGGCUGGCCGCGUCUGCAAGGCGAGAAUGUUUCGAAUCGCUUGGACGAGCUGUGCCAGCGACCCGGUGUCAUCGUCAGGCGGCCGCCCCCGCCUGCGCUCGGGUGA